AAGUACAUGGGGCAAACACCACCCUCGGCCUGUGUCGGCGUUCUUCAACCCCCCACGACAAUCCCCUCCAUUCAACCCCACAUUCACAGAGCAAAUCCCCUCGACUACGAGGAUACCUCCCGGCGAACCCCUUAAUCAAUACUCGCCGUUCUCUACCGGCCAGGAAUACCAUCCUUCGUGUCCUCCUCCCUGGACCAAUUUUCGGCAUCGUCCACGGCGUUUAUCGUUGCGCUUCGUAGCGUGAACGGAUGAGGGAAAUGCAAUACUCGCAGCAGGGAUGUGGGGAGUUACAAUUAAACGAUAAUGCACUGUGCGUGAAGAUAAUUCCGAGGGCGCGUUGGUUCCCCGAGGAAUAACGCCACAAUCCUACGAAUUAUUUUAUUAGCCACGUUACUUGGCGGAAGAAACCUCUUUUCAUUCAGCAGCUGUACUCUUACUCGCACAGAUGUAUCGUAAAAUAUUAUGGCGUGUUCGAGACUAGAAUAAGCGUGCAAUGAAAACAAUACUUUCAUUGCCAGAUAUAGGAUACAGUUAGAAUAUUUUAAUAUGUAAAUUUUUCUCAUUGAAAUUUAGAUUUAAAUGUAUAUCACUCGAUAUGACAACUUAUCGUCAAAAAAGAUUAUUCUCUUUGAAAUGGAAAAUAUCGAAAUUUAAAAUUAUAAUUUAAAAGUUGUAUAUAUGUAAUUUCAUUUAAUAUAAAAAUUAAUCGUAACAUCCUGAUUACGCAAAGGGUGCCUUAAUCCACGAAUUAUUAGCCCUUUUUACAGAGAGUGCUAAGUAUACUUGGGGGUUGAAAAACGUGUCUACAGUGCCGCGCCCAAGUAUACUCAUUUGUGUAGCAAGCGUUUAAAAAAGCUUUCAGCUUAGGGUUUCGAGCGGUUUAGCUCGUUUAUCAUUUAUUAUCGACGAUAAAUCUUUAUUUAUACAUAGAAAUAAGUCUUUGAUCUAAAAUAUGAUAAUUAAAAUUUUAUUAAAUUACAGAAACAAAUAUCUUUUUGAAUAAAUUUUACACAUAUAUGUAAUAUAAUAUUGUAAUGAAAAAAAUCAUUUAUAGAUCAAUUGAAGAAAAUUUGUAUUUCUUAUGUUAUUAAACAAAUUAAAUCGUAAUUUAAUAAUCGUAAUUUAAUAAGAGAAAUUAUCAAUAAAUUUCGAUAAAUUUAUAUCAUGUUUUAUAAUGACAAUUUCAUGAUGAGAAAUAUUAUUUUUAUCUCGCAAAUUCAGUUUAACCACCGAAAGAAUCACGAAAUAUGUCACGAAAUAUCGACGUCUUUACCAAUUUUGCGUGUAACUCGCUUGUCUAUUAUCUAUAUUUUAUUUGUUUAGCUUUUUAUGAUAAUAUUAUUCAAAGAAAUAUAAUAUCUUGAAUCAAAUUCCUAUGUAAAAUAAUAUAUAAAUAUGAUUCUACAGAAAAAUUAAAAUAUUACGAUAUAUCUAUAUAUUUCUUUUUUAUAAUGAAUUAUGAACGACAAAAGAUUUUUAUAAUAAUGGAUUUAAAAUUGAAUGAUUUAUUGGUACCAGGAACCAUUAUUGCCAUGUUUAAGAAGUUUGUCCUAAGCUCUUCCGUGCACCGAUUAUUACAUUUAUUGAUCAUAUUUCAGAAUAGAUAUUUUCGACAUGUUAUUCUUGAGAUCAAUUUCAUUGUAAUCUUGAUAAGUUAGUUUUAUUUAUUUUUUUUUAUUCAAAAUUUAAAUUAUAUUAUAAUAUGACUGUUCUAUUUUGAUAUUUAUAACGUAUUACUAUCUAUUACAUAAUAACUUGUCUUCAAUACUUUUUAUAGAGUUUAUAUAUAUAUAUGUAUAUAUAUAUGAGAUAUAUAUAAAUUACAUAUAUGUUCAUUUAAAAUGUAAAAUUGUUAAAUUUCUAACAGAAAUUUAUCCAAUACAUAAUUUUAUUUAAUUGUAGACUUUAGAUAAACAGAAUCAUAUCACAUGUCAUAUUUCAUGUAAUUUUAAAAAUCAAUCAAUGAUGUAUAUUUUUUUAAAUGUUUCAUUUCAAUGCAAAAAAAAAUAUUUGAUAGAUACAAUAUUUGAUUAUUUAAAAUCUUGGAUUAAAAAAUAUCUAUUCCGAAUUUUUAAAAAAAAAUUGGGACAAAAAUAUAAUCUAUAAAAAUUACUUGCAUAAUAAUUACGGAUUACAAAAAUUAUUCUAAUAGAAAUGACUUUAACGUAAUUAAUAUAAUAUAUUAUAUUAUAUUAAUAUAUUAUAAUAUAAUAUGAAUCGAAUAAAAUGAAUAUUUAUAAUUAAUAUGAAUAAUUAUGAUAAAUAAUAUAUAAUAAAUAAAAAUUUGAUUAAAUAUAUUCUAUUGAAAUUAACAAAAAAUAUGCAAAAAUGAUAAAGUUAAUCAGAAUUCUCUUUUAAGAAGAUAAAAAAAACAAAUAGCAAAAAAAGAAUAAAAAUUAGGUAAAAAUUAGGAAAUCAGUGCCAUCUCUAGAGUGUCGCGAAUGAAAUAUAUAUAGAGAUAAAGAGAGUAAAUAGUAUGAAAAGGAUAGAAAUAGGAUCAGAAUUGAUUGACAAUGCCAUCUUGCGAGCAUCAAAAACAAGAUAAGACAAAGUAAGAAUUAAGAAUCAGUGCUAUUUUUUAAAUAUUUUUAUGAGACAAAGAUUAAUCAUUUUUUUUAAAAAAAGAUGGCAUUGAUAGUAAAUUCUUAUUUUAUCUUUUAUUUUAUUUUGCUUCUUUAUUAUUCCUCCUCCUUGUUUAUAUUAUUUCAUUUACAGUACUCUAGAUGGCACUAAUUUUCUAAUUUUUAGCUUAUCUUUAUCUUUCUCCAUUAUUUGUUUUCCUUGUUUAUAUUUUUGGCGCGUACUUACUAAUUUUAUUAAAUAUAUAAAAUUUAUGUAUAAAAUAAAUUUAAUAUAUCACGGAAUUAUAAAAAUAUCAUAAUUUUUAAUAAUCAUUUUUAUAAUUUUAUCUUUUUUAAAUUUAAUUAUUUUUUGUAAUAAUUUAUUAAGGUUAGAAAAAUUCGCACACGUGUUAUUGAAACUAAAGUUAUAAAUUUUAUUUUAAGUUUUUAAAUAAAAAUCUAAAUUUUUUAUAUUAAAUUUAACUUUUUUAUUCAUGUCAUAUUUACGUCAUAUCGAUAACAAAUUUAUAAAAAUGGCAUUAAAUGAUAAUAAUUCAGAAAUCAGUUCUAAAUGUAUAAAUAAAGAUAAUAAUAAAAGAGAAAACUAUAUAGAUUGGGAAGAUUAUUUUAUGGCUAUAGCUUUUUUAAGUGCAAAACGUAGCAAAGAUCCUCGUACUCAGGUUGGUGCUUGUAUUGUGAAUGAAGACAAACAAAUUGUAGGUAUUGGAUAUAAUGGAAUGCCUAAAGGUUGUAGUGACGAUGAAUUUUCUUGGUGCAAAAAUUCUAAUGAUUCAUUAAAAAAUAAAUCUUUAUAUGUAUGUCAUGCUGAAGUUAAUGCUAUUUUAAAUAAGAAUUGUAGCAGUGUUAAAAAUUGUACCAUUUAUGUUGCACUUUUUCCAUGUAAUGAAUGUGCUAAAGUAAUAAUACAAUCUGGAAUAAAAUUAGUUAAAUAUGUUUCUGAUAAACAUGCAACAAAGAAAAAAACUAUUGCUGCAAAAAAAAUGUUUGAUGCAGCAGGUAUUACAUACAGCCAAUAUUCUCCAAAAAACAAACAGAUAAUAAUUGAUUUCACUGAAAUAGAUAGUGAUAAUGAUGAAAAUAAUUAAUAAAUUUUCACAAAAAUAAUGUUUAAAAUUGUAAACAAUAUUAAUUGUUUGGUAACACAAACAUGGCUUAUAAUUUUACUGAAUAUUCAUUUUUACUGAAAAAUUAUGGUUACCAAUAUUUACAAAUAAAAUUGAAUUAGGUACAGAUGGAAAGUAAGAAUAUCUCUACUUAUUUUAAAUUUUUACAAGUCUAUUUUUACCUUUAACAUUAAUUAUAUAAUAUUAUGGAAAAUAAAUAAAACAAUGUACAGAAAGUGAAAGAACUUUAGCAAUAAUACAAAGAUACUAUGCAGUGUUAUCAAGAUAAUAUUAUCUGCAACUAUAUUGCAAACAAUAUACUGUACAAGUGUAAACAGUGAUACGAUAAAGUAUGGCAUGAUAAAAACAUGUAACAAGUAUCUAUCAUUUCUUUGAAAUGAUAAAAUGAUAUCUCAAUAUUCUUUACAAAACAACUGAAGGAAGGGCGAUUGUUGAUGUCUGAUAUAAUAUUUUCAUGUUGACUCGUUAUUAAUAUAACAACAAACAGAAAUUGAACAUAGAGUUUUGACAUAUAUGAUAAUGAUAAUACGUUUAUGUACAUACUAUACAUAUCCAUGUUUUUGUCUUUAAAAUAUUAUUUCACUUACGUUUGUAGUCACAACUAUGGAGUAAAGUUACAUAAAGAAAUUAUACAUGGUGUGAUUGAAUUCAUCAUAUAGAAAAAUAUUUAAUUAAUAUUGUGAAAAUGUAUAGAAAUUUUAUAAAGAGACAAAAAUAUUAAUAUUUAUAAAAAACAUAUUUGACAUUAUAUGUAUUAUCUUUUAGGAAUAUAUUAUUUGAGCUUCUUUCGCAUA